GGCGUGAACGUGGAGUAUUGGUGUUUUGUUUGUUUUGUUCAGGUUUCCUGAUAUUAGAUAAAAAUGGAUUUGAUGCCGAUCUAUAGGAUAUUGUUGGUGCUAGUUUGUUGUGUGGUCAUGGUGUGUGUGGCACAAGUAGCACAAAUGAAUCAGGGUACUCAUCAUGCAGAUCAUCAUGCUGACAGAGCAAGAACUUUAAAAGAUAAAGGAAAAAUACAUGAUCAGAAACACAUCAUGGAACAUUUAGAAGGACAGAUCAACAAACCAGAGAGUGAAAUGACUGAUGAAGAACUGCAAUUUCAUUAUUUUAAGAUGCAUGACUAUGACAAUAACAACAAAUUAGAUGGUAUUGAACUAGUUUCAGCAAUGACACAUUAUCACAAAGAAGAUGAAGGAGAUGAUGCACCACCACUAUCUGAAGCUGAAAUGGAAGAAAUGAUUGAUCAGAUACUUCAAGAAGAUGACGGCAACAAAGAUGGCUAUAUUGAUUUUCCAGAAUUUGCAUUAUCAACUAUGUAAAAAGUUAAAUGUUUUCAGCAGCAAUGAUGACAAGAGAUUAUAAAUACUAUGGGAAAUAUAUUAGAAAAUUAUUGCCAUUUUUUUUGGUCACAAAUGAACUCUAGUCCAGAGUUAAAAAAAAAAAAAAUCUUAUAAAAAUUUCAAAUAAAACUAUGCCCUAUAACAGCUAUAACUUGAAGGUCACAUUUGGGAUCACAGGUACAGUUCUGUAAUUUAUCUGUGCAGUUCGUGAAUAAAAACAUUUGUCUGAUUCAUUAGAGGUUAGAUGCCUGGCAUAAUUAAAACAUGCACACAGCUAACUUUAAUAUUUUCAUUAAACAUUCAACUUGCAACAAACAUUGGAAACGACUAGGUACACAGAAAUUGAAAUCACUUUUAAACCCCUCCCCCCAUAUUUAUAGACAAAGACCACAUGCUUGCUUACUUAAUUUUGAGAAAAAAAUGAAACUGAAAGAAGUGUGUAGCAUGUACUAAAAACAUGCAUGUACUUUGGAUUUACCAAAUAAUGGUCUGUAUUCAUGUCCACUUAAAUGUCUUAUUAUUUCAACGAUGGUUUUUUAAAUAAAAAAAGAUUUUGGUGUUUUUAUGACAUGUAAACUUGCUACAUAGAAGUUUUAUAAUUCUGACAAAUUUUGCACUUUACAAGUACUUUGUGUGAAAUGUCCAGUGUACAAGUACAAAUUUUGUGAAUUUUUUAAGUGAAGUUAAUUUAUAUCCAUGCAGUGCCAUGUUCUGUAAUCUUCAGUGAAAAGAAAAAGAAUGAAAUGAAAUUAAAGUAUAAUCAAAAUUGUUGUAUGUGGUAGUGAACUAGACCAUGUAACAUCCAUGUUUUUAAUUGUUCAUGGAAACAUGAACAAUUAAGAACAUAAUUAAAAAAAUACUCUGGAAAUAAUUCUCUGAAUUUGUCUCUAUUUACACAAGUUUAUAACCUGUGCAAUACAUUUAUAGAAUAUUUUUAUGGUAGUAUGAACUGGUGAAUAAUAAGAGGAAUGUAUUAAAGUUGCUUUCACAACCCCCUUACCAAUUGUUCACUUUAGUUCAUUUACUAAAUGCAGUAAAGAGAUGAGAUGUUUGACACCAUUUGAAAAACACAAAUCAUUUGUUUACUAUGGUUAAGUUGCCUUAUCUGUAUUUGUGUUUGUUCACAACUGUAUCACAGGUAGGUUUAUGAAUAAAAUGUGGUGCAUACAUGCUAA